AGUAGGGGGCGCGGUUGUGUCCACUGCAGGAUUCUAACCAAUGGCCAACAGCAGAGAAGAAGAAUGUAAACUUCCUGUUUCAGAGCGUUAACCUAAAAACAACCAAACAUUAAAAUGUGUGUGAAACAAGGAACGUGACCUCGGACCCAUGUUCAGAGCCAGGUGCAUUCUGGGAUCAGCAGCGUGGGGGCUCCAGAACAGCUGUACACACUCACCUGUUCUCCGUGCAGGAUGUCUGCGGCGCCUCACUCAGUGGCUGCAGUCUGCCAGGUGACGUCCACCCCCGACAAGCAGGCCAACUUCUCUGCCUGUAAGCGUCUGGUGGAGGAAGCCAAGGAGCGAGGGGCCAGCAUGGUCUUCCUGCCCGAGGGCUUCGACUACAUCGGGUCCAGUCGAGAGGAGACGCUGUCGCUGUCUGAGAGCCUGACGGGGGACACCAUCUCCAGAUACGCUCAGCUGGCCAGGAAGCUGCUGGUGUGGCUGUCUCUCGGGGGGUUUCAUGAACGAGGACAUGAGUGGGAGAGUGACAGACGAAUCUACAACACUCACAUCAUAAUGAAUGAUAAAGGUGACAUUGUGUCCGUCUACAGGAAGUCCCAUUUGUUUGACGUGGAGCUGCCAGAAAAAGGUGUAUCCCUCAAAGAAAGUGGCUUCACCAUCCCGGGACCCUCCCUGGUGUCUCCGGUCCAAACUCCCAUCGGCAAGGUUGGUUUGGGGAUCUGCUACGACCUGAGGUUUCCCGAGUUGUCUCUGGCCCUGCGACGGCACGGGGCCGACAUCCUGACGUACCCAUCGGCCUUCACUGUCGCCACAGGAGCUGCUCACUGGGAGGUGUUACUGCGAGCACGAGCCAUCGAGACCCAGUGCUUUGUCCUGGCAGCAGCUCAGGUCGGUCGGCACCAUGAGAAGCGCUCGUCGCACGGCCACGCCCUCGCAGUGGACCCCUGGGGCGAGGUGCUGGGCGACUGCGGGGGGGAGAGCCCUGGCAUGGUGCUGGUGCAGAUGAACCUGGACAAAGUCGGCAGCACUCGGAGAAACAUGCCGGUCCAGCAGCACCGCAGAGACACGGGCUUCUACCUCAGUCUGGAGACAGCCUGACUUCAAGAGAAGAGCACGAAGAAAACAGGAUGUUCUCUUUCAGAAGAAAGGUCAAGAGCUUAUUUAAAAAACAUGACAGGUUUUCUGUUUUUACAUCGAUGUGUUUCCGUCAGGUUAUUAGAGAUGAAAGAGAGAAGUCAUUUUCAUCCUGAUUGAUCAGAAGCAACAUAUUUAGAAAAGAAAUGACUUCUGGCUCCUGAUUCAGAGGACAAAUCAAAGUUACUUCACACAAUAAGCAAUGAAUGUAAUAUUUAUGAACUAUGAAGCUCUGUUUGUGCUGUUCAGUCCUUCUGGAUCGGACAUGUACAGUUGUAUUUGAGAACUUUCAUUUGAAAUUAAAAAGGACAAAUUAUACCUUAUUUUUUUUAAUCUUUUUGGCCAGAACGUGUGUUUUUAGGUUUCACUAUAAAGUUUCAUACAGAAGGUGAAAGGAGGAGCUUCAUAAUGAUCCAGUUUAAGAGAAUAAGGACAGAUCCUCUGUUGAUCCUGAGGGAAAUGGAGGACUAGGUGGUGUAGGUGGCUCCAGGUGGAGACUCAGGAUCACGUCCAGUCAGAGCAAACACUUCUUCCCUCCUGACAACGGGAGUUUUCUUUCUGAAACCAUCGGAUUACUGUCUCUUCUAUGGGUAGUUCGAUUGGUUGUAUUGAUUUUAGAUGUACAAUCAGUUUUCCUUUUGCCACGCUUCAGAAAAGUGACUUGAAUGAGGCAGUGGAUGGACCAGUGCAUUCAGGGCUCUUUAGUUUGAGGCUCUUAGGUUGCAAAGUGCUGCAGGCAGAAGAAAGUACCUCGUUAGUCUUUAAAGGACAUUUCUCUAGUGGUAGAAAGAGCUGGUGAAAUGAUUUCAUGUGUCUCAGCAUCACUUCUUUGCAAUAUUUCAUUAAAUACUGUCACUGAG